AUAUAUAUACAAUUAGAAACUACACCAAUAGUGAUAUAAUGUUGGAUACUGUUUGUGUGUUGUUAAUAUUAACAACUUCAGUAAAGACUGACUCUCACACUCAGGUCAUUGACGCAGGACAGAAUUCUAACGAUCCACACCCAUGCGAUAGAACGUGCGAAUAUCCAGCUUCUCCUCAAAUCUGCGAAUACGAUUUCGUUGUGGAGUGGUAUUACACAAUGUCCAAAGCAUGCUACGACUGUCCAUUCUCAAUUUCUGAUUGUUCAAGACCACAUUGCGUUGCGGCUGAUGGAGUAGGCCGUCCUUUAAUAACUGUUAACAGAUUAUUCCCAGGACCCCAAAUCAGGCAUGGUCUUCACAUGAAAGAUACGCCACAUAUGAAUGGGGUUCCUAUGUUGACUCAAUGUGCCAUACCAGCAAAAACGUCUUUCACCUAUGAGUUUACGGCAUAUCCUCCAGGAACACAUUUUUGGCAUUCACAUGCCGGUUUGCAAAAAGCAGAUGGUUUAGCUGGCGCGCUUAUCAUUAAUCGUGACAGUGAGGAUGAUCCACACCGAGGACAAUUUGAUGUUGAUUCUGCUGAGCACGUUUUAUUCUUGGCAGAUUGGUGGCAUACAACAACAUUAGCUUUUUUUCUCAAAAAACACCACUUUGAAGGUGGUCCAAACAGAGGAGACAAUGUUUUAAUAAACGGAAAAGGUGUAUUUGAGGAGUUCUUCAAUUCAACAGACAACUCUACUCAUUUUACCCCGCGAAAGACUUUUUAUGUCGAACAAAAUACACGUUAUCGAUUCCGGAUGAUAAGUAAUGCUGCCUCUUGUGCAUAUGCUGUUUCUAUUGACGGGCACGAACUGAAGGUAAUUGCAACUGACGGACAUGAUGUUGAACCAUAUAUGGUAUCGUCGCUUGCCAUUCACAGCGGAGAAAGAUACGACUUCGUCGUUGAUGCAUCCAACGAAGUUGCAAACUACUGGAUAAGAGUACGCGCCUUAGAAAGCUGUGCUCGAUUAUCACAGAUGGCGAUUUUAAGAUAUCAAGGAGCGCCCGAAUCAGAUCCAAGUACAACUGCAGUGUCAUCUGGAACUGAAAAAGAAUUGAAUAAUCCAUGGGCUGAUGCUGCAAAUGAAAGCAACAGUCAGGUCACGUCGCUUAAAACGAUGUAUUCUCGGACAUAUCCGGCUAGGGUAGGAUAUGAUGGAACGCCGGACCAAACUCAUUUUAUUGGAUUUGAUAUAUAUAUGAUCAAUCACCCGAGUUAUAAUCAUCCCGAGCUUUAUGCAUUUCCCGACGUUGUUCCUCGGUUCUUCCCACAACUAAACAACGUCUCAUUUGCGUUUCCAAAAUAUCCCAUGUUAACUCAAUCGAAAUAUAUUGAUGAUGAUCAUCUGUGUAAUCCCGAAACGGCUCAAUGGAACCGGAACACCUCCCGGUUUUGCCAGAAUAACUUCUGUUCUUGCCCAUACGUCAUCAAUGCUAAAGUUGGAAAUCUCGUAGAAUUGGUGCUUUAUGAUGAGGGCAUGUUUCCGUUUGUCGAAGUCGGGCAUCCUAUGCAUCUACAUGGACAGCAUUUCAAGGUUGUGGCAAUGAAAAAGGUCGGCGAUUCUCUGUCUCCCGAAUCGGUCAAGGAAAUUCAUGCUAACGGUGGUAUAGAAUACAAUUUCAACACAGUUCUGAAAGACACUGUUAUUGUUCCUCAUGGUGGAUACACAGUUAUUCGUUUUUUUGCUGAUAACCCCGGAGUCUGGUUCUUCCAUUGUCAUCAGAUCUUCCAUUUGCAUAUAGGAAUGAGUUUGGUUUUUAAAGUUGGAGAACCUAGCGAUUGGGUGAAACCGCCUGAAGACUUCCCGAAAUGUGGACCCUGGCCAGGAAAAGCAGUGAGCAGAGCAGAGAGUUGUUUGUUCAAAAAUGGAUAUAUGAUGUAUAUUCUCUUGCAAAUGUUUUGUUACUUUGCCUUCCAAAAUGCUGAUUACUGAAAUCAUGUUUCAA